GUAGCUUUAAGGCUUGGGUGCUGCGCUGGGAGAGCUCAGGAGGGUGCCCUGUAGCUUUAAGGCUUGGGUGUAGCGCUGGGAGAGCUCAGGUCUGAGUCAGGCAGGUGCACUGUAGCUUUAAAUGGUGAGGGCUGGGUGGGUGCAGCGGCUCAGCUCUCGGUGCUACAGUCGCACACAGUCAGUGCAGCCGCUGAGCCGGUCGGAUCAGUACAGACUCCGGCGCGCAGGGAGCCGCAUGUGCCAUGAUCCCGCCCGGGGGCCCCCCUGUGCCCGGACACCGGCCCUCUGUUUAGUCCUGAGCCGGAGGGAUCGCUGCCUGGCUGGGGCCGCCGCACGAUCAAUGGGGAACCAGGUGGAGAAACUGACCCAUCUCAGCUACAAAGAAGUCCCCACGGUGGAUCCGACCGGUGUAGAUCAGGACGAAGGUCCCAGAAUCGGGGUCUCCUACAUCUUCUCGGCGGACGACGAUGAACUGGAGGAGCCCGGGCAGGAGCCGGGCAGGCAGAGCGCAGUAGUACGGGAGGAGCUGCCCUACGAUCCCGGUAACGAGGUGGAGUGCUCGGUGUAUUACCGGGACGAGUGUAUCUACGAGAGGAGCCUGGGCGGAGCGGAGCGGGGCAGGACCUACUCCCCGGAGAAGCUGCUGGACAGGUGCAAGCCCGGGGACCUGCUGGAGUUUGUGGCCAGGAACCAGUACCCGCACUGGGCGCUCUAUGUGGGGGACUUCCAGGUGGUGCAUCUGUACCGGCUGCACAUCGCUAACAGCUUCGUGACGGACGCCAGCCAGGGCCGGAGGGGCCGGAUCGUCAACGAUCGCUACCGAUUCAAGGCGCUGAGCCCGGAGGUGGCGGUGCAGAACGCUAUGGAACAGGUGGGCUCCAAGGAGCAGGAGCUAAACUGGCGCAACUCCGAGUGCUUCGCCGCCUGGUGCCGCUACGGCAAAAGGGAGUUUAAGAUCGGCGGGGAGAUCCGCAUAGGCAAGCAGCCCUACCGGCUGCGGAUUCGCCUCUCCGAGAAGAAGAGCCACACGCUGGAGUUCCAGAGCCUGGAGGACCUGAUCAUGGAGAGGAGAAGGAACGAUCAGAUAGGCAAAGCCGCCCUCCUGCAGGAACUCGCCAGCCACCUCCAUGGUGAGGAGGAACCCAGGACAGAGCCCAAUGGCAACAACUGAGGGGCAGCCACUUAACCCUUUCAGUUCCUUUCAAAUCACAUGUGAGGGGGGAGAGCUUAUUCAGUUCUUAUUACUUUGGGUUUAACCAUUUCACUCCCCCCCCCCCCUCACGCUUGCGGAAUUCCCACUGCCUAUAUCCCAAUUUCUGGCGUUUCAUUUCACUCCCAAAAGGAAUAUUUCCCUUUAAGGCAAAUCCCAACUGGAACCAGUUCUGCCUGUGUUUAAAGGGAGGUGUGGCCCCUUGGAUGUGUUGGCAGGAUCCGGCUGCUUGUUUGCCCUACAGCGCUAGUAGUGCUGGGGGCCCAGGGCCCGACUCUUUAUAUCCUAUGACCCUUCAGCUGUUGAUGGAAUACAAUAAGGGCUGAGAUACAACUCCCUGGUGGUGCUGGGAGUUGUACAACACCGGACUGGCAGGGGGAAACCCUGAUCUAAAGUUUUACUGUCGCCAUCUUGCUUUGUGGCUGCCAUCUUGUUCUGCCUUCCCCUUCUGCUACUUGCCCUACCCACAGCUGAGAUCUUGGGCUGGUUUCAUUAUAUGGUGGUUCAGGCUGAAAUAUACUACAGUCUUGGUGUUUGUACCAAAGCAGGGCACCAUUCCUCCCCCUUACCCCUGCAUUGUGCCCAGAGGUCCAGCCAGCUGCCAUUGUUUACACUGAUUGGGGGUAAUGUACUAAAAGGUGCAACGGUUUCCACUAGUCUAGUAACCCGUAACAACCAGGCGACUGCCUGUACUGGUCACCUGUUUGAAAACAAGCAUCUGAUUGGUUGCUGCGGGUUAUUACACUUUGCCCCUUUUUAUCACAUUACUGUGAUUAUUUGCUGCAUGUGUUAAGCAGAGCUUUUUGUAUCUUGCUAAAUGACAGAGCUGGGAUAUCAGUGCUGAACUUCAACUCCCAUCAGCUGGAUUUCAUGUCAUGGUGGAACCACGGCUGAUAUGCAAUUAAGGCAGGGGAGAUAUGUGUUUUCACCUGUUAUAUGACAGGCUACUUAGUAGGUACAGGUAUGGGAUCUGUUAUCCGGAAACCUGUUAUCCAAAAAGUUUUCAAAUUACGGGAAAGCCAUCUCCC